UCGUGUGCUAGAGGAGAAGUUCUGCAGUUCUGCAGUUGGCAGAUGGGAACGGAUCGGUGUUAAUGUUUCUGGUGUCAGUAUUGAAGGGCUCUGGUGAGUUCAGAGGACCCAGACAGAAAACAGAGGGAGUUUGCGUGCAGUGAUGACACUGUCCCAGGACAUGUGCACGUCGGAAGCAACUGCAUCUCUGCUCCAAGCAGAAGAAACCUUCUUGGCAUGUUUGGCACGGAUAGAUGCCCUCAUCCUCAAGCCUUUGCUCCAGGCAGAACCUCAUGACCAGAAAGGAAAGGACAACUUUAAACUCUUAGUGCUACUGAAUGAUCGAUUUCAAGCUCUCUGGAACUUCACAGAAGAAAAUUACCGGAUACUCAAACAAAAAUGCAGCGCUUCUGAGUCAUUCUGCAUCCAGGACUUUUAUGCUGUCUGGAAAGGAGACCUGUUUCUAAGCCUCUACAUUCAAUAUUUUGUCACUUUUGCAAACUAUGUUGUAGUCCAAGGCUUCGAACAUGCCACAAAGAGCAAAAGUGAAGCCUGGAAGCAUCACAAGACAGUGCUGAAACAAUUCCUCACAGACUUCACCACUGAGGCCUCCAUGUCACUGGCCUUAUACGCUGUGCUUCACAAGCCUAUCCGAGAUCACGUUGAGCAAUACGUACUGCUCCUUACCAAGCUGAAUGAGGCUUUUAAAGAGGGCCCUGAAAAGGACUUGGUUACCAGUGCUGUCAAGGAAUAUGUGAAGCUAGGCUCUUUCAUCAGCCAAGUCCUGGAUGAAGCUUGUUUUACCAAGGCCUUAUGGAAAUCCCUGGGCUACAAAUUCACGGAAAUGCUCUGCGUUCCCGAAAGGAGGCUGCUGGAAGACAGCAGAAAUCUUCCCAUCUCUGCUAGCACGAAUCGAUCAGACCGAAUUCUGCUCUUUGAUGAUGUCCUUGUGCUAAUUCAGGGGAACAGCUUCCAGAGUUUUGAUCUGAAGCUUGUGUGGGUAGACAAAAACUGCAGGGAGAAGUCGGCUGCAGGAGUGUAUGUCCUCCGCAUUAUUACACCAGAAGAAACGUUCUUUCUGUCUGCCAAAGAUCCUCAGAUGAAGGCUGUUUGGCAGUGGAAGCUGAACCAAGCCAUCCGCCAGGCUCUGAACGGGAAACGAGAUUUCCCUCUGUGGGGCAAGACCGGAGAAGGCACUGAGCCUCCGUCCCGCCGCUUCUUCACCUAUGUCUUCAGGCUGGAGGGCAAGUUCAAGAGCGCGACCUACGAGGGUGAAUGGCACUGGGGAAAGCCACAUGGCAAGGGGACACUGAAGUGGCGUGAUGGACGGAACCAUGUUGGAGAUUUCAAAGAUGGAUUGGAGCAUGGGUUUGGAAUAUGCCUUGUCCCACGUCAGUCUGAAGACCGGUAUGACUGCUACAAGUGCCACUGGCACGAGGGCAAGAUGAGAGGCUAUGGAAUCUGUGAGUAUGGGAAUGAGAUGGUCUACAAAGGCUACUUCAAAGACAACCUGCGUCAAGGGUUUGGGAUACUGGAGAACCCCUCGGCUGAUCAUCCAUUUAAAUACACAGGACAGUGGGAAAAUGACAAGAAGAAUGGAUAUGGAGUCUGGGACGACAAAGAUAGAGGGGAGAGGUACAUAGGGACGUGGCAUGAUGAUCACAAACAUGGACAAGGCAUUGUAGUAACCCAGUCAGGGGUCUGCUAUCAAAGGACAUUUCAUGCUGGUAAAAUGGUGGGUUCUGGGAUUCUGCUCUUGGAAGAUGACUCUGUCUAUGAAGGCAACUUCAUGGAAGAUCUAAAAUUUGUUGGAAAGGGAAAGCUGUCAUUUGCCAACGGCUUCAUUCUGGAGGGAACCUUUACUAACAAAUCAGGCCAAGGCCUUCAGACUCAAGGCAUCCUGAACACAUCAAACGAGCAGCUGGAUGACAGGAUAACCAAAGCUCAGUUGGGCCUUGAGGACUUCCCAGUAGAGAAGAGAUGGAAGGGAAUCUAUGACCAGUUCCUGGAGUUCAUCCAUUCUGGCUGCAAAGAAGAAACCGAGGAGUCUUUCACGGGGUUCCACAUACAGACGAGCAAGGAGCUGCGGAAAUCUCAGGAGUACCUCUUCUGCCAAAGGGGGACUGAGGAUGUGUCCUGGAAGAUGGAAGAUAUUCUUGAAGAGCUAGUUCAGCACCAGGAGCUCGAGUCACUGCACUGUUAUUUAGACAAGGCACUGAAGUCUUCUCUGCACCCACUGGGAAAGCUGCUGAAGGCCUUGAUGAUAGCUUUUCAGGCAACAUAUUCUGGGAUUGGGGCCAACAGGCAUUUGCUGACUAUGGCACAGGAGGAAGUCAAGUACUACGCAAAGAAAAUAUGGGAGUUUUACCAGGGUUUGCUCCAUCUGGCACUGGAACAGAAGGGCCAACUGCCCGCAAAGACUGUGGAUGGACAGACAAACGACCAGAAGGCAUGCAGUAUUGUCCUGCCUCUGAUCUUGCCGUGCUUCUACCCUGAGCUCUUCAUGCUGUACAUGCUCUAUCAUGAAAGAGAAGAUGACCUCUACUGCCAAGGGAUCGUGGACCUAAGUCUGUUUCCUGACCUCAAGCUGCUAGAGUUUCUGGAUGUGCAGAAACAUCUGUGGCCUCUGAAAGAUCUCACCCUGACAACCAACCAGAGGCGCUCCCUUAUCAAGGACAAGUGUUUCCUGUCUGCUACAGAGUGCUUGCAGAAGCUGAUCACCACGGUGGAUCCCCGGGAAAAGCUGGUGAUCCUCCAGAAGACGUAUGAGGAGAUAGAGAGCACUGUGUCUCGGGUGGCUGAGAAGGACUACAAGCUCCCCAUGGAUGACCUCUUGCCGCUGUUGAUGUAUGUUGUGUCGCGAGCUAAAAUACAACACCUGGGUGCUGAAAUCCAUCUGAUCAGAGACUUGAUGGACCCCACCAAUCAAGGAGGACUGUAUGAUUUUCUGCUAACAGCACUGGAGUCAUGCUAUGAACACAUUCAGAGGAUGCGACUCCAUCAGAGAGAGAACUGCCAUGGGACUCACAGCCCCUGAGCCGGGACCUGACCCGUCCUCCCUCCUGCACUUUGCUGACCAUACACUGGCGGAUGAAGAAGCAGUCAAGUCGCUGCUGUUUUGGCUGCCUUUUGAAAGGGGAAAGUGGCUAUUUUUCAGAAGAAAGUUUCUGUUUUAUUGGAAGCGUGCUACUCUCCACUGAAAUUGUCCUUCAGCUUCCCCUUAGAAAUUCGUCCCUUGGUGAAACUCAGCCCUACUUUUAUUUUAUUUUUUUUGACGUAAAGGUAGAGCAAAGUUUUGCUGGGUUUUCUUUUGGACUAGCUACGAUCAUAAAGCACAGACGUACAGAUGCUGUUGGCUGAUAGCCUUUGACAUGCAACCUCAGCUUGCGUUUGGAAAUCUCUUUGUGGAAAGUGGCUGAGGUUUCUUUUGCCCUGUAGAUUUAUCUCACUUUCCUGCAAACAGCAAUCUGCCUCCUUCCCCUGAAAUGCCAGUUAACUGUCCUUUCGGUUGCUGUGUUUAUUUUGCACUGGUGAACUGACAUAAGGAAGAGGUUAUUUUAUAGAAAACAGUAAAAUGAAUCCAAAGGAACUGCUUUGGUGGAACUCCAUUUCUGGUUGGUAGAAAUGUGGCAGGGACAUGAAAGGCCUCUCAGUGCCCAUAAACAACCAUUUUUGUGGAGUAUGGAGGCUUUUCCUGUCUCACUAAGAAGAAUAUUUUUCCAUUCUUCCUAACUAUGCCAGACUCAGUACCUCUCCAUUGCACUGUAAAGCUGCUAUUGACUAACUUUAUUUUUAUGAGACUUGUAAAUAUAUAUUUAUACUCUGCAGAAUCCUAUUUAAUCUCAGGGAUAUCACACUUGCACCUUGAACACGCUGGUGCUGCUUUGUUGUUCUGUAAGGGCUCAUGCGUGCCCUGUACAAAGGACACAAUGUUUGUCUGGAGUGACAGAUCUCAAAUCCUGGCAACGCAUCGAAACACCUGGCCUUCUGCACUGACAGGCCUGCAAAAACACUGCUUCUCUUAGGUGCAUAGCUUUGUGCUGACAGACCAUCCACUGCCACCAGUAGCGUACAAAUCGGAUCAAAAUUAAACUAGUUUUUAUAAUGCCUUUAUAAAAGGCAAAGGGAUAUUUGGUAACCUGCUGUUAUCAGAUGAAAAUACUAAAGAAUGAAUUGCUUAUUAGAGCAAAAGCUCUUUUGAACUAUUUUUUUUUAUUUUUAUUUUUUUUUUAGUUUGACAUUAAAUUGUCCAGGUUUCUAACUUCAGGAAACAAACAACAAAAACAAAUAAACACCCCCCCCCCCCCAAACUCUACAGACUGUUUUCUCCUGUUUAGCACAAGUAUUAUGCUUUAAUAAAUAGUACACUGGUUACAAUAGUUAAUAUAUUGGUAUGAGACUAUUCCUAAUGUAUGUUUUACAGUAACUUUAUAUUUAAAUAAAGCUGUUUAAUUUUUAAGAGAGA